AUGGCGGGCAAGGACUUUUCACAAUACCAGUACAAUGCCAUGAGCAGCCUCGUCCUGUCGGCGGACAGGUCUGCCAUCCGUCAGAGACAGGACGAGCCGACGGGCGAACCAGAGACGCUCGUCGGUCGUAUAGAUCCAAAGGCGAUGGGCUCACGCAUCACCCGCGACACCGCCAACGUCGACAAGAAGAAGAGGAAAGCCGUCACCGCCGCCGCUUCUGCCUCUGCAGACGAUGAGAUUGCGCUGCUCGAGCGGAAGAAGCGUGCAAAGGCAUCUUCAGGUGCAAUGUCAUCAGGCUACAGGGACAUCGUCGACGCAACAGAUGAGACAGAGGGCAUCCGCUAUCGACCUCGUACCACAGAGACACGCGAGAUCUACCAACUCUUGCUCUCCACCGCUGCAGCCAUCCUCGGCGAUCAAACAGCCGAAGUCGUCAGAUCAGCAGCCGAUCUUGCUCUCGAGACCCUCAAAGAUGCCAAUCUCAAGGAUUUCGACAAGAAGAAAGAAUUGCAGGAGCUCUUUGGCGCAACACUCACCACUGCCCAGUUCACCGAUCUCAUCAAUCUCGCGAAGAAAAUCACAGAUUACAACGCCGACGAGACCGACGAGGCCGCGCUCAGGAAUCGCGAGGGCGAGAUAGACGACGAGCAAGGUGUCGCGGUCGUAUUCGCCGACGAGGAUGCAGAGGACGAUGAGGAGGGUGGCUACGUCGUACGCGAUGGAGAGUCUGCCGAUGACGAUGACGGUGUGGAGGAUAGCGACAAUGCAAUAGACGAAGAUGAUGGUCAGCCUGGCUUGCUCGAUGGAGACGGCCAAGAUGACGAUGUUGUUAUCGGCGGCACGAACGGUCAGACUGGUGCUGCUACCGACGGCAAAUCGUCUUCUUCUACCAUCAUCGAACGCAUACACGCUCGCCAAAUCGAUGGCUUUUGGCUACAAAGGCUCAUCUCCCAGUCUUAUGCAGAUCCACAAGAAGCCACCACCAAGACUUCAGAAGCGAUGGACAUCCUCUCUGCCGAGCAGUCCACAGGAGAAUGUGAAAACGCUCUCGUCACGCUCUUCGACUUUGAGCACUUUGAUCUCGUCGCCACCCUCGUCCGCAACAGGGACGUCAUCGUCUGGUGCACCAGACUUGCGCGAGCCGACGACGAUGAAAAGGUCGACGUCGAAGUCGCUAUGCGUGAACGCAACUUGGGAUACAUUCUGAAGGAGCUGCGAGGCGGUGCUAUAACCAACGGUGCAACAAAGCCUGCUACGAAUGGGAAGGCGAUCAUUGACAUUCCAAAGACGGCCAACAUCACCGCAGGCUCACUUGUUCAGCCGCGCAAGGCGCUCGAUCUCGAAGCGUUAGCAUUUGCAGAGGGUUCUCGUCUCAUGUCGAACAAGAAGAUCAAGUUGCCGGAAGGAUCCAUCAAGCGGACGAAGAAGGGAUACGAGGAGAUUCACGUGCCUGAGCCCAAGCCCGCUCCCGCUGUCGAAGGCGAAAAAGUCAUGAUCGAUGCCCUGCCUGAAUGGACAAGGCCUGCCUUUGCUGGCGCUGUCAGUCUAAAUCGCAUCCAGUCGAGACUUUAUCCGGUCGCUUUCGGCGACGAUGAGCCAAUAUUGCUCUGUGCGCCAACUGGUGCUGGCAAAACUAAUGUGGCCAUGCUGACCAUUUUGAACGAGAUCGGCAAGUUCCGUGACGAGUCAACGGGCGAGAUCGAUUACAACGCAUUCAAGAUUGUCUACAUUGCACCGAUGAAAGCGCUCGUGCAAGAAAUGGUUGGUUCGUUCGGCAAACGGCUAGAGCCUUUCGGCAUACAAGUCAGCGAGCUCACGGGCGAUCGUCAGCUCACCAAGCAACAGAUCGCAGCCACUCAGAUCAUCGUCACCACGCCUGAGAAGUGGGAUGUCAUCACGCGCAAAAGCACCGAUACUUCCUACACCAAUCUCGUCAGGCUCAUCAUCAUUGACGAGAUCCAUCUGCUGCACGAUGAUCGAGGACCUGUGCUCGAAAGUAUUGUCGCUCGCACAAUUCGUCGAAUGGAGCAAACCCAGGAUUACGUUCGCUUAGUCGGCUUGUCGGCUACAUUACCAAAUUACCACGACGUUGCUCGCUUUCUACGGGUGAACCCAAACAAGGGUCUUUUCUACUUUGACGCCACUUACCGACCAUGUCCCCUACGGCAGCAAUUCGUAGGUGUCACCGAGAAGCGAGCCAUCAUGCGGUAUCAGGUCAUGAACGAAGUCUGCUAUGAAAAGGUGCUCGAGCAGGCUCAAGCUGGCAAUCAGACGCUCGUCUUUGUUCACUCACGCAAAGAAACUGCAAAGACCGCCAAAGCGUUGCGAGAUGCUGCCGUCGAGCGAGAGACGAUCACUGCCUUCAUCCAGUCGGGCGGCGGCGAGCGGCUUGUAUUAGAAGAGGAAGCCAGCAAAGCAAGCGAUCCGAAUCUCAAAGAUCUGUUGCCUUAUGGCAUAGCGAUACACCAUGCUGGCAUGAACCGAAUUGACCGCGGCACGGUCGAAGAGCUUUUUGCAGAAAAACGCCUCAAAGUACUCGUUUGCACUGCCACGCUGGCUUGGGGCGUCAAUCUGCCCGCUCACUGCGUCGUCAUAAAGGGCACCCAAAUCUACAACCCUGAAAAGGGUCGAUGGGUCGAACUUUCGCCCCAAGAUACGCUUCAGAUGCUCGGUCGUGCUGGCCGUCCGCAAUAUGAUAAAUACGGCGAGUCCGUUGUCAUCACCAAUCAAGAUCAAUUACAGUACUUCCUCAGUAUGCUCAACCAGCAGCUGCCGAUCGAAUCUCAAUUUCAGGGGCCGAAGCUCGCCGACAACCUAAACGCUGAGCUCGUGUUAGGAACAAUACGCAAUCGCGACGAGGGCGUUGCUUGGCUUGGCUAUACAUAUCUCUUUACUCGCAUGCUCGGUUCUCCUGCGCUCUAUGGCGUGCCUGCGGACUACGAAGAAGAUGAUCCUUCGCUGAUACAGUAUCGCGCCGACCUCAUACACACUGCAGCUGCAUCCCUCGAGAGGGCUGGCAUGCUGAGAUAUGAUCGUAAAUCCGGCGAAAUGUUCACUAACGACAUCGGUCGCGUCGCUGCUCACUACUAUAUAAAUGUGGCUUCUAUGUCGACUUAUGGCAAGCAUCUUAAGCCUGAUAUCAACAUGAUUGCGCUAUUCCGGAUCUUCUCGCUAUCCGAAGAGUUCAAGCUGAUCCCUGUGCGCCAAGAAGAGAAGCCAGAGCUCGCUAAGCUGAUCGAACGCGUGCCUAUACCCGUCAAGGAGAGCAUUGACGAGCCGUCUGCAAAGAUCAACAUUUUGCUACAGUCUUACAUCUCGCAGCUCAAGCUGGAUGGCUUUGCGCUGGUAGCGGAUAUGGUCUACGUCACUCAGUCUGCAGGACGGAUUUUGCGAGCCAUCUUUGAGAUCUGCCUACGACGGGGCUGGGCAGCAUUGACGCAUCAAGCGCUAGCGCUGUGCCAGAUGGUCGAGAAGCGCAUGUGGCCAUCGAUGACACCUCUGCGACAGUGCAAGGGUGUAACGGCAGACAUAAUCCGGCGAGCAGAGCGCAAGGAAUUUCCGUGGUAUCGCUACUUCGAUUUGGAACCACCCGAGCUCGGAGAGCUGAUGGGUCGCGCCGAGAUUGGUCGUGCUGUCCAUAAUCUUGUUCACCAGGUCCCAAGAGUGGAGCUAUCUGCGCAUGUUCAACCGAUCACAAGGACUAUGCUCAGGAUCGAAUUGACUAUCACGCCCGAUUUUCAGUGGAACGAGCGAGCGCAUGGCGGCGCGGAAAGCUUCUGGAUACUAGUGGAAGACGUCGACGGCGAAGUCAUUCUUUUCUCGGAUCAAUUCCUGCUCCGACAGCGCUUCGCUCAGGAAGAUCACUUCGUGACCUUUACAGUACGAUUGCUUGAGCCCCUCCCGCCCAACUACUUCAUCUCGGUCAUUUCUGAUCGAUGGAUGGCUUCAGAGACGCGGUUGCCCAUCUCUUUCCGGCAUCUGAUCCUGCCUGACAAGUUCCCACCGCCAACACCGCUGCUCGAUCUGCAGCCUUUGCCUAUCAGCGCACUGCGUGAUGGCGAGUACAGCGCAGUGUUUCAGCGAGAGUUUAACGACUUCAACAAGAUACAAACGCAGUGCUUUCAGGCGCUGUUCACAUCUGACGAUAACGUCUUUGUCGGCGCGCCAACUGGCAGUGGGAAGACUGUCUGCGCAGAGCUGGCCCUCAUGCGGCUAUGGUCUCAAUCCGAGCCGGGGAGAGCUGUCUGCAUCGAGCCCUAUCCAGACGUUGUCGAAACCCGCGUCGCAGAGUGGCAGAACAGGCUUGGCAAACUUCGUGGGGGCAAGAACAUCGCUGCGCUUACGGGCGAGACAUCAACCGAUCUUCGCAUUCUCAGUGAAAGCGACUUGGUGAUCUGCACGCCGACCCAGUGGGACUUGCUUUCCCGACGUUGGAAGCAACGCAAGAAUGUGCAGCAAAUAGCUCUUCUCAUUGCCGACGAGUUGCACUUGAUCGGCUCAGAGAUUGGUCCUACAUACGAGAUAGUCGUCUCCCGAACCCGCCUCAUUGGCGCGCAAACCGAGCACAAGACUCGCAUUAUCGGGUUCGGCGCAUCGCUCGGCAACGCCAGAGAUCUCGGCGAAUGGAUGGGUGCAAACUCGCAGACGAUCUUCAAUUUUUCACCAGGUGCUCGACCUUUACCUUUGCAGGUCCAUUUGCAGAGUUUCAACGUGCCGCACUUCCCCUCGCUGAUGCUCCAGAUGGCUAAGCCGGCCUAUCUAGCCAUCAUCGAAUGGGCAGAAGCUCGGCCGGUCAUUGCUUUCGUUCCAUCUCGCAAGCAAUGCAAGCUCACCGCGACCGAUUUGCUCACGUACUGCCUCGCCGACGAAGAUCAGAAUCGCUUCCUCAACGCUGAUGUGACGGAGCUCGAAAGCACAUUGGAGCUUAUCAGCGAUGAAGAUCUGAAGGAUACACUCAGGCAUGGUAUCGGCUUCUAUCACGAAGGCCUAUCCAAGCGCGAUCGCAAGAUUGUCGAACAGCUGUACGGCCUUGGUGCUAUACAAGUCAUCGUAGCUUCCAAAGACACGGCCUGGUCGAUACCUAUGAAGGCGCACAUGGUCGUUUUGAUGGGUGUGCAAACAUUCGAAGGCAAAGAGCAUCGCUAUAUCGACUACCCAUUCGCCGAUGUACUUCAGAUGAUGGGCAGAGCCUGCAGACCUGCCGAAGACACGUCUAGUCGAUGUGUCCUUAUGUGUCCACAGGUUCGCAAAGAAUUCUUCAAGAAAGUCUUGAACGAAGGCUUGCCUAUCGAAUCACAUCUGCAUCUCAGUCUAGCGGACCACUUGAAUGCCGAGAUAGUAACAAAGACGGUUGAGAACAAGCAAGAAGCGCUCGACUACUUGACCUGGACAUAUAUGUAUAGGCGCCUCGCAGCAAAUGCCAACUACUACAAUCUGCAGGGUGUCUCGCACAGGCAUAUCAGCGACCAUCUUUCCGAACUCGUUGAGAGCACCGUAUCAGAAUUGUCGGCUUCAAAGUGCUUGCAAGUCGACGACGAUAUGGACCUCUCUGCGCUUAACUUGGGCAUGAUCGCCGCCUACUACAAUGUCAGACAUAUCACCAUCGACAUCUUUUCCCUCUCGCUCACCGAGAGAACCAAACUCAAAGGUCUCUUGGAGAUUGUGUCAUCGGCAGCCGAGUUCGAGGAUGUUCCGAUACGGCACAGGGAAGACUUGCUGCUGCAGAAGAUCUACGAUCGUCUGCCGGUCAAGCUUGCCUCACCCGACUUCGAUCAGCCGCGGAUCAAGACGAAUGUCCUGCUUCAGGCUCACUUUUCGAGAUUGCGCUUGCCUGCCGACCUUGCGUCCGACCAGCUGGUCAUACUGGGACGCGUGCUGAAUCUACUGUCAGCCAUGAUCGAUGUCAUGUCGUCUUCCGCCUAUCUCAAUGCGACAUAUUGUGUCGACCUGCAGCAGCAAGUCGUACAGGCAGUCUGGCGGUCGAAUGGCCCCGAGCCUGUGCUCAAACAGAUUCCCCACUUUACGCCCGAGGUCAUCAAGCGGUUCGUGGACGCAGGCGUGGAAUCAGUGUAUGAUCUCAUCGACCUGGAAGACGAUGACCGGGACAAGUUGCUUCAGAUGGACAACAAACAAAAGUCUGCUGUAGCGGCCUUUGUCAACGCCUAUCCCUCGCUCGAAGUUACGAAAGAGGUGAUCGACGAGAGCGACCUCAGUGCUGGAGCGCCCAUCACGGUCAUGGUCACACUGUCUCGCGGCGAAGACGAAGAAGUGUCGAGCGUCGUCGCGCCAUUCUUCCCUCUGCCAGUCUCGGAGCAAUGGUGGGCCAUCAUUGGCGAUCCCAAGACGAACAACCUGCUCAGCAUCAAGAAAACCGCACUGAUCAGUGCGCAGACACUAAAGCUCGAGUUCAUCCUGCCUCAGGGUCACCACGAGCUGGAGCUGUCUGUGCUGUGUGGACAGUACAUUGGCUGCGAUCAGAGCUUCGAGCUCUCUCUUGAUGUCAAAGAGGGUCAGGACAGCGAUGAAGAGGACGAAGAGGAAGAGGACGAAGAGAUGGAAGAUGCUUGA